AUGGCCUCGGUCGCCCCGUCGAUAAUCGUGGGAGGAGGCCGUGUGGGCCAGGCUCUCGCCGAUAUGGGUGUCCCCGGCGACGUCAUCAUGAAGCGCGGCGAUGCGUUCCCCGCCGAGCCGUCAACCGGUCCAAUAUACGUGUGCACCCGUAACGACGCACUGCAGGGCGUCAUCGACCAGACCCCUCCCGAGCGAAGGGCCGAUCUGGUUUUCCUUCAAAAUGGAAUGCUGCAGCCGUGGCUAGAUGCCCGCGGUCUCGGGGACAACACCCAGGCUCUAAUCUACUUCGCCGUCGCCAAGUUCGGCGAAAAGCCAACGGACGGCAUCACCGACGUUAACCCCGAGGGUCUCACGGCCGCUAACGGUAAACACGCGGCCGCGCUUCAGGCCAGGCUAGCCGCCGGGGGGAUGCGGUGCCACGUGCUGGACGACGACGCGUUCAAGGCUUCCAUGUUCGAGAAGCUCAUCUGGAUCUGCGCGUUCAUGGCCGUCGGCGCGGCGCACCCCGGGGCCACCGUCGGUGAUGUAGAGAGCACGCACAGGGCCGAGGUUGUCGAGCUCAUCGAGGAGCUCCUCGAGGGCAGCGCGGCGGAGAAGGGCGUCAAGUUUGAGCCGGGGAGCGUCGAGAGACUGUGCGCGUACGCUAGGGCGGUGGCGCAUUUUCCGACAGCGGUGAAGGAGUUUGAGUGGAGGAACGGUUUCUUCUACGGCAUCUCGCAGGAGGCGAUCACCGCGGGCGAUCGCCCGGACCCGUUCCCCAAACACACAGCCUUGCUCAAGCAGGUUGGCGCCAUCUGA